AUGGAAGACAUAGAACUCUCCAACCAGCAAAAUCUCAUCGACUUAUGUCUUCAAACGUUUUGUUCACCAUCUCGAACCACUCUUCCCCCAACAAUCGAAACCACAUCAGAACUAUCGGAUAAUACAUCUCAAAUUCUAUCGCAAUGUGGUUCUUCCAUUAUAAAUCUACUCUCUCGUCUGAGUACUUCUAUCCGUAAUCAUACGGGAAAUCACAAAUUAACUCUCCAGAGACUUGAUGAUGUACUCGCUCUAGCCAAAGAGAAGUUUUACGCGUUCCCAUUUAAAGAUGUACCACAAUGUUGGAGAGCAUUAUUUCUCGAGGCGAGUUUAUUGAAAUUUUCUGCUCUCGCCUCGAGGAGAGUAUCAACUUUGGAUGAGAAAGGAUGUGGAGCUUUAGAGUUGGAUAUCACGGAUGAUCAAGCAAUAGAUCGAAUGGUUGAGACAAUGGAUAUGGCAUUAAUCAUGGUGGGAGCCCCUGCUUCAACAUCAAUAAGACUCUCAAUUGAUUGUGCUAUGGAUGUUCUACAAAAGAUUCAUGAAGAGAUGAUAGAUGAGAAUAUUUCCACACAAACACCUACCAAACGCCGGAAAACUUCUCCUAGCAGUUCAUUCUCAAAACCCACAUCCUCAAAUCAAUAUCGUUUUCCACCUUCUUCAAUAACUUCACCUCCUCUCUCAAAUCCCAUCUCUCGAGUGAGCUCUGAUGACAUCAACCUCACCGACGAUGGGACCAUGGAUAGAUUCUCAAAAUACAUGCAUCAACCCCACGAUUCCUCACUCGGAGCAGAACCUCUCAUUAUAACUGGGUCAAUUACUUCAUGGCCCGCUCGCAAUAACAGACCUUGGUCUAGUCCUUCCUAUUUGUUAUCCAAAACUAUCGGUGGCCGACGUUUAGUUCCUAUCGAAGUAGGUAGAAGUUACGUUGAUGAAGGUUGGGGACAAAAGAUUGUUAGUUUCGGUAAUUUCAUGAAUGAAUACAUGUUAUCCAAUUCUCAAGAAGGAAAAGCAAGAGAAACUGGCUAUUUGGCGCAACACAAUUUGUUUUCACAAAUCCCUUCUUUACGAAAUGACAUAUCGAUUCCAGAUUAUUGCUACAUAUACCCACCUCCACCUCACUCAUCUUGUUCCCCCGCAUUAAAGGAAAAAUACACGCAAACGAAAGAAUUAGAAGAGCCACUCAUCAACGCAUGGUUUGGACCAGCCAACACAAUAAGUCCACUCCACACAGACCCCUAUCACAACAUACUAGCACAAGUCGUCGGAAGGAAAUACCUGCGCUUAUAUCCACCUCGAGAAACCCCAAAAUUAUACGCAAAGGGAAUCGAGGAUGGAGGCGUAGAUAUGAGUAAUACGAGUGAGGUUGACAUGGGAGUGAUUGCUGCAUGGGAUGGUACCGAGAAGGAGCAAACUGAGGAGAGGAGGAAAUUCCCGGCGGUGAGCGCUGCGUCAUAUUGGGAUUGUGUGUUAGAGGAGGGGGAAGUUUUGUAUAUUCCGGUGGGCUGGUGGCAUUAUGUGAGGGGGCUGAGUGCAAGUUUUAGUGUGAGCUUUUGGUGGAAUUGA